UGUCACUUCCUGGCAUCAUUGCUUACUACUUGUGAAAUCUGUGAAUGAUCACAGAGGUCACAUGGUACAAGGCUAUUCACAACAGCCUUGUACCAUAAAUGUAGCAGAAUACAUAUUGGCCUAAAUUUAUGAAGAAAGAUGAUUUAUUUGCAAAAUGUAAUAACAGAAACAAAGAAAAGUGUGCUUAUUUUUUCAACAUUUUCGUUUUUUGGUUUUUUAAUUUAUAUGGCAAGAAAAAAAUUAAAAACCCAGUGGUAAUU